UCGAUAUCGGAUCGACGUUGUCGGUGGAAAUCCGACAGUCGCCUUUCAUUCGCGACCAAUGAAUUUCGCUCAAACAACCAACGACUCUCACCUGUUUUUCUUCGCGCUGCAAUUGUUCCGGUUUUAAAAAAAAUUUUUUAAAUCGAUUUAGUUCGUCACAGUAUUGAUUCAAAAAAAAUUUAAAUAAACAUAUCAUUUCCAAUACAAAACUAUUAUCACCAUAAAGUUCAACUAUAACCAUGUCAUUAAAGAAAGAAUCACCAUCGGACGUCCAACUUCAUUUAGCUGCCAUGAGAGGAGAUGUAGAGCACCUGAGAAGAAUAUUGGACAGCGGAAAGGUUCACGUAGACUCUAAAGACAAAGAAGGAACUACUCCACUAAUUUUAGCAGCUGCCAAUGGACACUUCGACUGCGUUCAAGAACUUUUAGAUCAAGGGGCAAGUCCAGUAGCUAGAAGAGUGACUGGAACCACAGCAUUAUUCUUUGCUUGUCAAGGCGGUUACCUCGACAUAGUGAAACUCUUGCUGGACAACAAGGCACCGGUGGACACGGCGAGUGUGGAUGGUGGAAGUCCAUUAUUUGUAGCUUGUCAAUGUGGCCAUAUGGACGUAGUUAAAGAAUUAAUUUCACAAGGAGCAAGAGUAAAUACCCAUAUGAAGGACAGAGCAACCCCUUUAUUUAUAGCAGCACAGAAUGGUCAUUAUAAAAUUCUAGUUUAUCUGUUGGCCCAAGGAGCCGAAGCUGACACAAAAAGGACAGACGGAGCGACGCCUCUUUGGAUUAGUGCACAAAUGGGUCACGACCACAUCGUGGCGCAACUCUUAAAAGCUGGGGCAAGAGUUGAUGCUGCAAGACAUGAUGGAGCGACAGCAUUAUUUAAAGCGGCUCAUAAAGGGCAUUCUGCUGUAGUUGGGGAAUUGCUAAAGUAUAAACCAUCAUUAGGAAUGCUUCCAAAUGGGGAAAGCGCCUUACAUGCAGCUGCUUUAUCAGGGAGUCUCCCUGUUUGUAAACAACUAAUAGCAGCGGGAGCAGAUCCCUUCCUUAAAAAUCAAGAGGGUUAUUUCCCCUCGGAAAUUGCAUUGCAUCACAAACACAACAUCGUUUACGAUUAUCUUAAAGGAUGUACGCCAAGAAAUAACGUGAAAUGACACCGGGUUAAGGAGCUUAACUCCUUUAUUCCCGUUUAACCGACUGAAUUUAUAAAAAGGCUUUGAACUUAAGAUCUAAAAUGUUAAUUUCAAGUAAAAAGUAGACCGCCUUGAUGAUGCACUUGUGCCUUAACCCGAUAGUAAGCUAAGUAAUCCGGGUUGAAUGCACGUACGAUAGUACAAUUAACACAUUAUCAUAGGACUCAAACGAAAAGUUAUGCCAAGUUAAUGUCUAAUUCUAUCUAAUCAUUCGAAUUUAUUAAUUAGUACAUUUGUAAGUAUUAUCUUCCUGAGAAAUUGAGGAUUUGUAAAUAGUUAUAAUUAAAAUUACUUGUGUUUUGUUGUUAUUGCGAUUUGUUUGAAUAUCAAAAUAUAUUUAUUGCGUAUUUUUAACAAUGCUGUUGUAUUAUAUGGUUAUGUGUUAUGUUGUGUUCUCAAUUUGUAAUUAUUAAUAAAUAAUUCAUUUUCUGA